AUGGAGCAGGGCCUUAGGAUAGUCGUGCUGGGGAAAACUGGAUCUGGGAAAAGCAACCUGGCUAACACCAUAUUUGGAGAGCCUUUGUUCAACAUAAAUUGUUCUGCAAACUCUGGAACAAUUGAAUGUCAAGCAGAAACCAAAUGUGUCAAUGAAAGAACCAUUACUUUUAUUGACACCCCUGGUUUCUUUGACACAAAAAGGUCUGAAAAUGAUCUGAAAUCAGAGAUAAUGAGGUGUAUCACAGAGUGUGCCCCUGGGCCCCAUGCUUUUCUCAUUGUGCUCAAAGUGGAGAAAUACACAGAGCAUGAGAAAGAUGUAAUCCUGAAGAUAUACCAGUGUUUCUCUGAAGAAACUCUAAAAUAUGCUGUGGUUGUCUUCACUCAUGGAGACCAGCUCCCAGAGGGAAUGACAAUUAAGGAGUUUGUGAGACAGAACAAGGAUCUGGACGAGUUAGUGAAGAAAUGUGGUGGCCGAUGUCAUGUCGUUGAUAAUAAAUACUGGAAAGAUAACAAAGAGGGUGACUACAGGAGCAACCGCUACCAAGUGGCAGAGCUACUCAAGACAAUAGACAAGAUAGCUGAGGAAAACGAUAGAGAGUACUUCACCAAUGACAUGCUAAAAGAUGUGAAGAGACAAAUAGAGACAAAAGAAGAGAACAUUAGACAGUCAGCUGGAUGUAUAAUGUCAGAGGAAGAGAUUACAAAGACAGCUAAAACCAGUGUGUUUAAGGAUUUACAGACCAGAUACUUUGGCGUUUCAUCAGGUGUGCUGUUAGGAGCCUUCCUGAGUGUAGCAGGGAUGGUAAUAUCAAGACGUGUCUAG